AUGAAAGCAGGGAUUUGCCUUCUUCUCUUAUGUGAAGUGUGCAUUGAGUUAAGCACAUCUCUUGGCAAGCCUGGAAAUCAAAAGAAAGAUAAAGAGAAGAGUUGCUUGCCAAAUCAGGAGAUUGCUUAUAGCCCUAUGGACCAACUUGUGCAUAGAAGCAUGGCAGAGCCAUUUGCCAAGCAAGUCCCUCUAGAAUUCACUCUUUACAACCUCACUGAAAAGAACACGGAUUUUGGAUUCAAUCUCUACAGGAAAAUAGCACUGAAACAUGACAAUAAUGUGUUCUUCUCCCCACUCUCUGUAUCAUUUGUGAUGGCUGUCUUCAUGCUUGCGGCUGAAGGGGAAACCUACAAGCAAAUCGUUCAGUGUACAAACCUCCAUCUUUUUCAGGACAAAGAGAAUUUUCAUUUGUUGCCAGCUUUGUUUAAACAAUUGAAUGAGAACAUCACAAAGAAUGAAGAGCUUGUUCUGCAGAGAGGUAGUUUUUCUUUUAUUCAAAAAAACUUCAGACUGAAGGAGCCUUUCCUUAAUCUAUCCAAGCAGUACUUUGAUAUGGAAUUCUUAAGUGUGGAUUUUCACAACUCCACCCAUGCAAAAAAUGUCAUAAAUCAGAAUAUUAACAAGACCACCAAAGGAAAAAUCCCAAAGCUUUUUGAAGAACUUGACCAGCAUGCUAAACUGGUUUUCGUGGAUUACUUUCUCUUUAAAGGCAAAUGGCUGCACCCAUUUAAUACAAGGUUCACAGAACUGGAGACUUUCCAUAUAGACAAGUAUAGGAACGUACAGGUUCCCAUGAUGUUUAAAUCAGACAAGGUUGCCUCAACUUCGGAUGAGAACUUAGGAUGCAUUGUGCUAAAACUUCCCUACAGAGGGAGUGCACACAUGCUUAUUGUCAUGCCAGAAAAGGAGGGAGAUUACGCUUCACUUGAAGACCACAUAACAGCAGAGCUUGUGGAAUCGUGGCUUAGAAACAUGAAGACCAGAAAAAUGGACAUUUUCUUCCCAAAGUUCAAAUUAGACCAGAAAUACCAGAUGCAUGAACUGCUUCAUGUUCUGGGAAUUCGAAACCUGUUCACAAGGAAGGCAGACCUGAGUCAACUUACAGAUCAAAGAUUUGUGAAAGUAUCAAAGAUUAUCCAAAGAGCAGUAAUUGAAGUAGAUGAGAAAGGAACUGAAGCAGCAGCUGUUAGUGGGUCAGAAAUUACUGCAUACUCAAUGCCUCCUACCAUUAAAGUGAACCGGCCAUUCCUCUUUAUGAUUUAUGAAGAAACUUUCAAAGCAUUGCUGUUCAUGGGAAGAGUGGUUAAUCCUACAGAACUGUAA